UCUGCAGGUGGAGAAACUGAGGCCCAGGGAAGUAGUAUGGCUCCCCCAAGGGCGCAGAGCAGAGGUGCUCUGCACAGCCAGGUGACCCAGACCUCAUGCAUGCCUGCAGAGGGGCAGCUGCCCCGGAAGUGCUGCGGGGGCCCAGGGAGGGCUUGGCGAGGCCAUGGGCCGGGAGGAAGCAGAGGCUGUUACGGGGAAAGAAGAAGUGAGGGGAGCGCUGUGCGGUGUGGGGCGUGGAGAGAAGCAGCAGGACGGCAGCGAGGCAGGGCCAAGAGGCCAGGCAGCAGCUUCCAGGUUCGUGCUCUCGGGGACUCUCCUCCCUCACCAGCGGCGCCCUGUCCUUACCCGCUGCUGGAUGUGCCCUUGCCAAGGGCAGGAGCUACUUUUGGAGAGACCUGGCCACAGGGCAUGGAUGGCUGCAGGACCCUUUUCGUCUGCCUGUGCUUUCUGAUUUCUCAGGGCAGGAUCUCAGAGACAGAGCAAGAACUCCUGAGCUGGAUGCGGAACAUGGAGCAGGCCAAGGGCCGGAAGCUGACUUCUCCUGCUCGGCAGGUGGAGGGCCUGGAGCAGAGGCUGCUGAACGCCAGCUUCUACGGCGACAACCUGACCCUGGAGACGCGCACCAUCCAGUCUCUGAUCUUCAAGCUGGGCUGCGACUUUGCUGGCCUUGCACUGAGCAGCCACACUCUGGAGCAGGUCUCGCAGGCCCGGGUCCCGCACGCCAUGCAGUUCCCUGCAGAGCUGACCCGAGAGGCCUGCGCUGCCCGGCCCCGGGAGCUGCGGCUCAUCUGCGUCUACUUCUUCACCACCUACUUUUUCCAGGAUGAAAGCAACUCAUCCCUGCUCAACAACUACGUCCUGGGGGCCCAGCUGGACCACAGCCACGUGGACAACCUCACCGAGCCAGUCAACAUCAGCUUCUGGCACAACCAGAGCUUGGAAGGCUACACGUUGACCUGUGUCUUCUGGAAGAAGGGAGCCAGCAAGCACCACUGGGGGGCCUGGAGCCCCGAGGGCUGCCGCACAGAGCAGCCCUCCCCCUCCCAGGUGCUCUGCCACUGCAACCACCUCACCUACUUUGCUGUUCUCAUGCAACUCUCGCCGGCCCCGCUCCCCGAGGAGCUGCAGGCCCCCCUUGAGUACGUGUCCCUUGUGGGCUGCAGCAUCUCCGUGGUGGCCUCGCUGCUCACCAUCGUGCUGCACCUCUAUGUCAGGAAGCCGAGUGACGCCGUCACGCACAUCCACAUGAACCUGCAGGGCUCCGUGCUGCUCCUGAACGUGGCCUUCCUUCUGAGCGCCACGGCGGCCGUGGCCCCGGUGCCUGGGCCCGCGUGCUCUGCCCUGGCGGCCACGCUCCACUUCGCGCUGCUCAGCUGCCAAACCUGGACGGCCAUCGAGGGCUUCAACCUCUACCUUCUCCUCGGGCGCGUCUACAACGUCUACAUCCGCAGAUACGCGCUCAAGCUGGGCGCCCUGGGCUGGGGGGUCCCUGCCCUCCUGGUGCUGCUGCUCCUCACCAUCGAGAGCUCCGUGUACGGGCCCCGUGUGAUUCCCAUCUCCAGGAGCCUGGAAAAUGGCACGAUCAUCGGGAACACGUCCAUGUGCUGGCUGUGCAGCCCCGUGGUGCAUCAGGUCCUGGUCAUGGGCUACAGCGGCGUCACCUCCCUGUUCAACCUGGCGGUGCUGGCCUGGGCGCUGUGGGCCCUGCGCAGGCUGUGGGCACAGAACAGGGCGCUGAGUGGCCGGGCCUGCAGGGACGCUGUCACCGUGCUGGGCCUCACCGUGCUGCUGGGCACCACCUGGUCCUUGGCUUUCUUCUCCUUUGGCAUCUUCCUGCUGCCCCAGCUCUUCCUCUUCACCAUCGUCAACUCGCUCUACGGUUUCUUCCUCUUCCUGUGGUUGUUCUUCCAGAGGUGCCACUCGAAGGCGGAGGCCAAGGCAGAGAUGGAGGCCUUCAGCUCCUCCCAGAUGACACAGUGACCCAGCACCGCCUGCAGCCCAAGGCCCUGGCUCCUACCAGAGAAGGUGGCAGGCCUGCUGCAGGACACUGAGGCCCUGGUGCCUCCUGGGCCUUGCUACCUCCACCGCCUCCCCAGGCACAGAGGGCAGCGUGGGCUGGGGUCCGCCCAGCUGGCCGGGCCUGUCGUCAGAGCUCGGGCCUGGGAGCCAGGAGGCCACGUUCCCAGGCCUGGCUCUGAGUCUUGCCGAGUGAUCUUGGGCCUAUCAUGGACCCUCGGUUUCCAUAUCUGUGACGUGGGGACAAGUGGCUGACCGGGAGCUGUGUGAAGACUGAACACCAGGGGAGAAGAAUGUCAGUGCGGGUGGCAUUCCCUCCUGACCUCCCGCUGUGGCCUCCCCCUGCCUUCUGGAGUGGGUCCCUACCUUCCUGCUGAGGAGGAUCGGGCUCACCUGACCCGCGGCCCCUGCCAGCACCCAGAGCCCCACCCCAGCCCUCACCAGCCUACGCCCAAGGAAGGCCACUUUUCCUUUCACCCCCCAAAUGAUAACAUCCAACUCAGAGCCCAUCCUUCCCAAAGAUGGGGCGGUCCAGUCCUCUCCAGAGCAUCCUCCUCCCGUGCUUCCAAGACCCCCACAGUCCCUUCAGAUCAGCCACCAAGGCCACAGGCCCUCCCUGGCUUUGGAGCGGGGAAGCUUCUCCCUCCAGUUGGUUGAGCCUGCUGAGUUAGAUGUCAGGGGAAGACUGAGUCUCCCCUGGUGGGCAUGAGGGUGUGGGUUCUAAAUUCCAAGCUCUGGUGGCCUUGUGGCCUAGAAUGACCUCUGCCUUAGACCCAUCUGUCAGGUAGGAGACAACACUCUUGAAGCCGGUGCUUUUCCUGAGAUAGACACCAGGCGGCGCUCUUGGCCUGUGAACCAAGGCAUUGGCGCCAAGGCUGCCCCUGGAAACGCAGCCAUCACCUGUGGACCCCAUGUGCCCGCUGGAGAGAUGGGUCCCUCCAGGACUGUGCCUGUGGAGUGACUGCAGGAGGAGAUCCCAGGGCAGCUGUGCGAGGUCACUUUGGGGGGCUUGUGCCCCAGGAUCUCUGGCACUAGAACAGCUGGCCCAGAUGGACUCUUAGGGCUCUGCCCCAGGCCAUCGACAGACUUCAUGACCUUGAGCCAGGGAACUGGAGCAGGGUCCUUGUUCUCCCAGGGGCUCCUCUUCCCCUCUGCACAUCUCUGGAUGCGAACAGCUCCUCGCUAGCUGGCGAGUGGUGCGGGCCCAGGGCCGCUCCUAGCUGAGACUGUGGACAAGUCACUCAGACUGGGCCUUCCUUUCCCCCUCUGUACAAUAGGGACAAUGGGGGGACCUACUCUGGAGAUUCAGCAAAAGAGUCCCUAUAAAGAGGCUCUGUCCUCAGGGAGGCA